AUGAGCUGCCUUGCCAGGCUGGCCAAAGUGCCAGACCGUGUUGCAAGAAAGCCAUGGCGCCGUUGGCUCACCGGCUCGGUGGUCAUACUCGACGACGCUUCUGGGCUCAGCUCCGUUGCUGCAAAGCCGCCCAAGCGGGUGUCGCAGAAGUACGGCUACAGCUUGCCGGAGGAGUACACGAGCCUCCUUGACCGCUUGAAGGAGAGGAGGCCUCUUGAACAGCUGUCCCGAGAGAGGGACGAGAGGGACGAGAGGGAUGAGAUGGACGAAAGGGAGAACUCACGACAAAGGAAUCGCGAGUUUUGGUCCACGGCGAGGGCUUUUGCCAAGCAACGCCUAGCCGGAUCCUCGCCAGAUUCCAGCCCGUCAGAGCUCCGUGUGGCAAAGCUACAUGAGAGUUUAUGGCUGGAGGAGUUGCGAACGCAUUUGGAGCUUCAACGUUGGAGCACCACUGUGGAGGAGAUCCAAUUUUCGAGGAAGGGCUUGGCCCAGCUGGAGAUCAGCAAGAUUUUCGACCAGUUCCCCCACGCCUUCGAGGCCCUGCACCGCGGCGUGCGCGUAAAGAUCCGCAGCGGGGAUGGCGAGGAGUUCAGCUCGGCGGUUCAGCCGGGGAGCGGCUCCGGGACGCUGCUGGCGUCGCUGGAGGGCCUGGAAAACGCCCAGGGGCCGUACCAGGUGGACUUCCUGCCCAUGCGGUUCCCGCAGCGGGCCAUGCACCGGGCGCUUGAUAGUGGCCGCGCCGGCGAGGUGCUGAAUGAGGUGCAGAAUGGAGAUGAGAAGGAUGCGGAGUGUCAGACUGAGCAGUCGAUCUCCUUGCCAGGGUCACUGAACUCGUGUCAGAAGCGCGCCAUUUGUUCUGCUCUUCACUCCCGCAGCCGGCUGCCCACGGUGAUUUGGGGCCCCCCAGGCACCGGCAAAAGCACGCUGGCGGCGUUCUUGAUUUGGCAGUUGGUGCAGAACCCCAGGGCUCAGGUCCUAGCCACGGCACCGUCCAACACGGGAGCCGACGUGCUGUGUGCCAAGCUGGCAAAGAUCGGGCUCGACGAGAGCCGCAUGCUGCGCCUCAACGCGCUGGGCAGGGACGUCAAGACUGUGCCGGAGGAGAUUCAAGCCUACGGGUUCACGUCCUAUGUGGAAGGCCGAUCUGUGUUCCAGAUUCCAAGCCUUCCGAAGCUGCAAUCAUAUCGGGUUGUCGUGGCGACAUGCAUUUGCGCUGCUCACAUAGCAGAAGUGAUGCGGAGAGAGGGCGGGUCUGCGUGGUUUUCUCAUGUCGUAGUAGACGAAGCUGCAGAGGCCACUGAGCCGGAGACCUUGGUGCCCGCACAGCUGGCCAGCCGGGAGGGACGCCUGAUUCUGCUGGGCGACCACUUCCAGCUGGGGCCCUUGGUGCUUUCCUCGGUGGCGCGGCGUAUUGCCAAUUUGGACGAGUCCAUGAUCCAGCGUCUGGCCAACGAGCGGUUCCAUGCCGCGGAGGGCCUGUCCCGGGACACCCUGGCGGUAUGCGAAACCAAGGACCUCUUCUUCCUCACGGAGUCUUUCCGCUCCCAUCCUGACAUCUUGGAGAUCUACUCCAAGGUGUUCUACAGCGGGCAGCUGGAGCACCGGCAUCGGAGGGUCCAGAACCGCCUGCUGCCCUUUUUCCAGGCUCAGGGAUGCCACAGCCCGAUCAUCAUGCACAACGUGGUUGGCCAGGAAGGUUCUGACACUGGCUCACCAUCGCUCUUCAAUUUAGAGGAGGUGCGCAUUGUGCAGCACUACGUGCUGGAGCUGCUUGCUGCAACAGGCCCAGACAACAGGCCGCUGCUGGCUCCAGAGGACAUUGGCAUCAUCACUCCAUAUGCCGGUCAGGUGGGCACCGUUGAGCACUUCCAGGGGCAGGACGCUUGUGGGAGAACGAUUGGCGAGCUGAGCGAUAUGGACUGCCAGGAGAAGUCUGUGGUAAUCCUCUCAGCUGUCCGAUGCCAGAACGGCAAGGAGGAAGGGAAAUCGACAGACCCGGGGCUGGGGCUGGGAAUUCUUUUGAGCCUCUGGCAGGAGACAGCGAGACCAUUGGCAGAGAUUGCCAGCACCGCCCACGACGGCGACAACUGCGCAAUAGCCACCUCCCCGUUGCGGAAGGGCACUCGAUUUGCCUGGAAAGGCUCGGUGCACAGACUGUCCCAUGCGCUGUUGGAGGGGCACCGCUUUGCUUUGGAGCAUAUAGCGGAGGGGGAGAGCUUGACCAGCUGGUCGCUGCCCUUCGGCACGGCCUUGCGGUCCCUGAAGCCCGGGGACUACUGCUGCAACGGCCUGAUGCUGAAGGCCUUGAAGGGGAGGAGAGACGUGGACUUCCACCUGCCUGAAACACCCAACUUCAGCGAUCCUGAUACCUCGGCCUCGUGCCCAUUCCACUUCGACGAGAGUACCUUUGUGGCCGGGAAGCAGGCUUCUCUUGACCUCGCCGCAGAUUCCACCUUCGAAGGCUUCGCCAGGACUGGCGGACGCGGCGUGGGCACUCGCAACAAGGUGGUCCUCAUUGCGCUCACAGUGUCCUCUGCCAGCUUCGUGCGCGCCCUUGAAGCGAAAAUGACGUCGCUGGAGAGUCCCAACCUGGAUGGCGUGGUGGCUGUGGCCCACAACGAGGGCGAAAGCAAGGUGCAGAACAACAAGGAGUUGCUGUUGAGGACCAUAGCGGGAUUCAUCGUCCAUCCCAAUACGGGAGCUGCACUGGUGGUCUCCACAGGCCAGGAGCGCAGCGUGGGGCUCUCGGAGCUGAAGAAGUGCCUCCAGGCGUAUCCGGCGGACCACGUGCCGCACGAGUUCCUGGAGCUCAGCGGCAGCUGGCAGGCAGAUCUGCAGCGCGCCCAGGAGGCGGUGGAGCAGAGGCUGGCGCCUCGCGCGGCCGAGUACUGCCGAUCUACCCAGCCGGUCUCAGCCCUUUGCAUCGCUUUGCAGUGCGGGGGAUCCGAUGCCUUCAGCGGCAUCACCGGCAAUCCGCUGGUGGGCGAGAUCGCCAAGCUGCUGCUGGUCCGAGGUGGGCUGGCAUUACUGGCUGAGAGUCCGGAGUUGGUGGGCGCGGAGCCCUACAUUUUGGCCAACUGCCGCACGUUGGAGGUGGCCAGGAGCUUCUUGAACCUGACGGAGCGAUACAAGCAGUAUGCAUCUCGCCAUGGCCAAGAUGCAGCAGGAAAUCCCUCCGGCGGCAACUUGUUUCGCGGUCUCUACAACAUUGUGAUCAAAAGUCUGGGUGCGUCUCGGAAGAAGCCUCCGGAUGUUUGCCUGGACCGGUGCAUCGAAUACGGUGAACGGGUCGGCGGAAACGAAUCAGGCUACUACUUCAUGGACUCACCGGGAAAUGACCUGGAAUCUAUUGCCGGGCAAGUGGCAAGCGGCUGCAAUGUGAUCUUCUUUGUGACCGGAAAUGGGGCCAUUACCAAUUUCCCCUUCGUCCCGACGCUCAAAGUUGUGACAACCUCUGGCCGAUUCAAAAUCCUGGAGAAGGACAUGGACAUCAAUGCAGGGCUCCUGAACGAGGGGAUGACAAUGAAUGAUCUGGCUGCACAGGUGUAUUCGCUGAUGAUGAUCCGGGUGGCGUCCGGCAUGCACAGCAAGGGCGAGAUGGCAGGAAUCAGCCAGGUCUCCAUUUGGCGGAACUGGUUCCUGGACGAGUCCCAGCAAGUCAGCGACUUGCAGGCCGAGUUCAACUACGAGCAAAGGGACUUGGAGGGGACUGCCUUGAAGGUGAAGCAGGAGUGGCUUCCCGCACUCUCCGAAUCCAGCGAAUGCUUCCUGAAAGAUGUUCGCUCCAAAGGCUCCUUGCCUCCCAUCGGCUUGAUUCUGCCAACGAGUCUGUGCUCCUCGGAGGUCGCCCGUCUGGCAAGCAGGAGGCUCAAUGAGGAGCUAAAGGUGACAGACGAGAGCGGCCUGGAGGUGCGCUUUGUCGCUUUGCCACACUCGGAAGGAUGCGGAGGAAGUGGAGGUGAACAAAGCGAGACGAUCUUCCAGAGGGUGAUGCUUGGCCACUUAUUGCACCCUCAGAUCCAGCAGGGCUUCCUGCUAGAGCACGGGUGCGAGAAGACCCACAACGACUGGUUCGCCGCGCGCCUGGAAAGGCGGCAGGGGAAGUCGCUGGACUCCUUUGGCUGGGCCUCAGUGCAGUCGGAUGGCGGCAUAGAGGCGGUCUACCAAAUCAUCGCGGACUUCUUCAAGGCGCGGCAGCCCCCACGGCCGCCGGCGGAGCCGUCGGCUCUGCGCCUGGCGCUGCUUGGGGACGCCGCGCCGCAGCACGCGCCGCUGCUGGCGGCGCUGACGCGGAAGGUGGUGCUGGCGGGAGGCACUGUGCUGCUGGCCGCUUCAUCUCCACUGUUGGCAAACCACGCCUUCACCGGUGCUUGCCUUUAUGAGGAGCUGCCUGAGAAGCUGCUGCCACCGACCGUAGCGUAUGCCCAAGUUCCUACACCUGGCCUGCACGUGAUGGAGGUCCCGAGCACGGCCAGCUACCUGGAGGUCGUUUGCGGCAUGGCGCCUGGCGUCCACUGCUUCCUGGCUUGGGAAGCCGCCCUGGGAGGAGGCUGUCGGCCACCGGCUCAUCCCUUCGUGCCCACAGUCACCAUGAGCGCAGAGCCACAUCCGGAUGUGGAUGUUGUCAUAGAGCCGGAGGACAUGGCCAAAGCUUUGGAAGCCAUGCUUCUGGCUAUUCAGAAGGCGGUGCACGGCGGACCCACCAAGGUGGCUGCGCAGGGUGCUACAGACUUCUCGGUCCCUCGCGGCAUUACUGCGGUGAGCCUGUAA